CUCCCCAAAAGGAGGCGCGGCGUCAUCAGCUUCGCAACCCACUUUAAUAUCAUCUCGCCAGCUCUCCAACCCCUCCGUCCGGGCGCGCGAAUCCCAACGUCCUUGCCCGAUCAAUCUCGCGAAGCCAAGCAAAUUACCCAUCCUUGAGGAAAAAGGGACCCGAGACUCCUCCUUUCCCCGGCGAUUUCAAUUUUGCGACACGCCUCCCCAACAGCUCGACCGCCAAGGAAACACAAAGACAAAGACUGUAGUAGACAUGUCUGCCCCAAACGAAACAAACAAGACGAGCGCGCCUGAGUCACCUACCACUGUGCGCCCCUUGGAUCUAUCCGACGACGACGACGUUCAAGAAACGGGUGUGCUCAGCGGUGAGGCUCCCAACCAGAACUCCACCACCACCACCAACACCAACACUGCCGCCUCGUCCAACAUGGCGUCGUCGACGACCGCCGCCGAAGCGGCCCCGCCGAAGCCCCCUAGGCCCUCCACCGAGACGCAGAAGACUGAGGAUAUCCUGAAGGAGGCGUUUCCCAGCAUUGACAUUUCCGUCAUCAAGGCGGUCUUGAGAGCUAGCGGCGGCAAGAUUGACCCGGCCUUCAAUGCCCUUCUGGAAAUGACCGACCCUGAUGCGGCCCAGAACGAGACGAGCGAUGAGCAGCCGCCUCCGCAGCCCCCUCGCCCCCAGGGUGGCGCUCAGCUAUCGCAGCUCGAGGCUGACGAGCUGUACGCGCGCCAGCUGGCGGAGCACUUUGACAACGUCGGCAGCUACGAGGCCAGGACCUCGAACCGAAGCCCCGGCGGCCGCGUGCGGCGCCAACAGACCGGCCUUGAGCCCCGACCGAACGCCGAGGACCGCGAGUCUAACUUCUUCGAGGACGAACUGCCAGUUAUCCAGGAGAAACUCAGGAAGGGGUUCAUCGAGACGCAGGGCAAGGUCAACAACUGGAUCACGACGAUGAAGAAGAGAUUCGACGAGGAGUUCGCCGACGAGGACGAGAACAGCCAGCGGCCCGGCCAGGCUCAGGCCCAGGGCCAGUACGGUGCCCGGCGGCCCGGGGAGUCGAGUCGCCGAAGCGGAGACUACGAGAGAUACGAUGCCGAUCCCCAGGUCCUCAGCGAUGACUUUGCUGGUAUGAAAUUCGCCGCCGACGGAACCCCGCUCCGUGACAACAAUAGGCCGUUGUCCAACCCGGACCUCUACAAACCCCCUCCACCCUCAAAGUCGCCCAAACCCCACGACGGCCGCAAGGUUGCGUUCCGGGAAGGUGCCGAGGAGAUUGAUGUGUAUGGCUCGUCGCCCCGGCGUUCCGCUGAAGAUGUGUCCGGAUCUAAGGCCAAGUCUAGCAAGUGGCAGCCCCUAUCGACGGUCGAUCCGAACCCCAUCAGCGACAACGACCCCUUCAGCCUGGGCGACAGCGAGGACGAGCGGGAAGCCAAGGAGAAGGCGACCUCGAGCAAGGAUACCAAGGACGCCAACUCGGAAGACAGCGAGAGGCUGAAAAAGGCCGCUGCUGAGGCCAUGGCGGACAGUCUGGUCGAGUCAAAGGGCAGCGAGUCGGCGGGUGCCGGUGCCAAGAAGAAUUGAGCGACCUCGUCGUGACCGGGAGGGAAAUGGUGGCCUUGCGUUCGUUCCUACGAUACUUUCAUUUCAGAUACCAAAAUCCUCCAGGCUCGAGCCACGACGCAAGAAACGAGCCUGGCAGGCUGGGGGGUCUCCGGGAGGGCAUGGGGAAGCCCUGUGAUUUCGGGAUCCCCCCCUUUCAUUUCAUAGGAAGCGUAGUCGGGACAUGCAAUUGAUUGGUCUUUUCCACUACGUUCGUCGUCUUUGCUCGCCAGGCCCACCCAGUCGCCAACGCGGCUUUGGGCGGCGGUUUGUGGUUGGAGUGAGUGAUGAUGGUGAUGUGGGAC